AUGAAGAACAUUUAGAGAAGUAAAAAGGAGGAUUAAAAAAAUGGAGAAGAGAAUUUCGAUAUCAAUGUUGUAUAGAUUAAACUAAAUUUGAUCUAUUCGGAUUAGCUUAUGGGAUCAAUUGAAAAAACAAGUAGAAUUCAGAUGUCAUUGGAAAAGAGUUGA